CGCGUUAAGUCCAUCCUGGCCUAUAUGGACUCAGUCGACAUGAACCUCCCCCUCUUCCUGGACGCGCUCAGCUGGGGUGACACCGCCUGCAUCACUGACCCAAAGGUCCGCUAUGAGCGCAGUGCCCUUGUGGGCAGCGAAGAGCUUCCCCGCAUCCUUGAGCGCUGGUAUAAGGUUCCCCGGGCGUCGGCUUCGCGCAGCCACCACGUCCGGCCCCAAGGGGCUCGGAAGGCUCUCGAGGAGUUCGCACUAGGCUGUGUGGAGGAGGUUCUUGAUCGUGAGCUUGAAACUACCUUCCGCAUGUUCCGCUCGCCUCCCGACUGCCUUUCGGAAGAAGGGCUGACC